GAACCAUAAUACUUGUCUUCUUUGCUUAUAAUGACAAUUAAUUUAUUUUAUUACUGUUUAUUAGAGGCUUAUUCACGAGAGCAAACGCUGAUUGUUCAGAAGAUUGUCUCUGACCACAAUGGUUCAGAUUUUAUUUUUGCUGAAGAUCCUGAAGCUAAGAAAGAAAUUUGGAAGAUAAGGAAGGAGGCUCUUUGGGCUUGCUUUGCUAUGGAACCCAAUUUUGAGGCUAUGAUUUCAGAUGUAUGUGUUCCUUUAUCUCACCUUGCAGAGCUAAUAUCAAGUUCCAAACAAGAGCUGGAUGCAUCAUCACUGGUUUGCACAGUUAUUGCCCAUGCUGGUGAUGGGAAUUUUCACACUGUUAUUCUAUUUGAUCCUAACAAUGAAGAGCAUCGGAAGGAAGCAGAAAGGCUGAACCAGUUUAUGGUCCAAACUGCAUUAUCAAUGGAAGGAACAUGUACUGGUGAACAUGGCGUUGGGACUGGGAAGAUGAAGUAUCUUGAAAAGGAGCUUGGAAUUGAGGCUUUGAAGACAAUGAAAAGAAUAAAAACAGCUUUGGAUCCCAAUAAUAUCAUGAACCCAGGAAAGCUCAUUCCUCCCCAUGUUUGCUUCUAGAAACACCUUGUCAAGACCUCCAGUCGGCUACCUCGGAUUACAAGGUUUCUGAGAAGUUCAUCAAGUUCUAAGGUUAUGAGAGCUUCCUUGCAGAAUUGGAUCCUGUAAACUUGGUUGAUUGCCAAGUUAUUGGACUUCAAGGUACCGGUUUUCCCUAUCUUGAUUGCUUCUCUGAUUUCUUAGAGGGAUUUGGAAUUACCGGCUGACAUUCUACCGGCUUAUUAUGCACCCUUUUUCCCUCUAUUUCCUAUUUUAAAUAAUAUUUUGAGUGAGUAUGUAGUCAGUACUUCUUAAUAUGUGAGAACAAAACUAUAAAUUUACCUCCCACAAGUUCAAUCAUGUAUUUCUCCAACAUGGAUUUCUUAUACAUUAUAAAUAAAUUAUGCCAUCGAGGUGCCUGUGGACAAA